AUGAGUGAAAGAGCUGUAUCAACAGCCGUAUCUGACUUUGUCUUGGCUGGAUGCACUUACUAUGCAGCAAUUAAUGUGUACGAAAAAUCGUUCUACGCUGCGUGGGGUUUAAUUUGUGUCGCUGUUGCUGCAUCUCUUGGAGUGUUAAACUUUGGAAAGAUGCUCCCAAGACGUGUGCACAGUGACGUGAUUCGACUGCAUGCGUUAUUCACAUGGCUGGCGUCAUCAGUAGGUAAGAUACAAUGAGAAAAUAGUUUUCCCAUAAUAUAGAUGCUAGGGACUGUUGUACACUCGAGUUGAGUAUAAAUCCCGGCUGCUGAGCAACAUUUAAGACUGUUCAUGCAGUCCCCUUUUUUCGGGUAAGAUCGUCAAGAUCGAGCGCUUUCCGGUACGGGUGACCAUCUUGGUUUCAUAUGUACCGAGGGGGCGGGCAUCGGGAUUGGGAGGGAGACAAGAAAAUCGUUUUAUAACAACAACCCCCCCCCCACCACCAACACACACACACACACACACACUCACAUCCUGCUAAGGAUGGCGAGUUUUUGAAAUGGAGGGGUCGAGAUUUUCUUCUAAGAAGCCAACAAAAUUUGGAUCCUUCAGACAUUCUUUCAACAGUGCCGACAAAAAGGUGACCCUUCCAGUUUCAUUUUUCAAAGGGCGCCAACCAUCUUUAGGGUGGCGCGAAUAAAAAAGGGAACUAUCAAGGCCAAGGGGGAGGGAAGAUGACAAUGAUGCCAGCAAGGGGGCAGUGAUAUGAAAUUUCAGCAUUCUGUAUUACAGUUUGUGUGUAUUUGGCAGAGAGGGGUCCUUUUUUCAGGGGCAUGGAACCGUAGAACCAUAGGUUUUAGUAAUUUUGUCAAAAGGGCUAAUUAACCAUUGCAUGCCAAGAAUCCUAGCCUUUUAGUGGAAACGAGGUGGGCAAUGACUAGGUCGUGAUGGAAAUCUCAGUGCCAUUUAAAUGCAUGAGAGCAUAAUUUGCAAGUUUUAAAGUCAGGUUUUCACCCCAAACAAGGUCACCUCCAACCUCACUUUCAUUCAAAAACCAGGAUAUUCAGUUCACAACUGUUAAAUAGUGUAUCAAUUGCAGGUGUGAAGGUGCCUUUUGCAUAUUUUUAGACUUAUUUGGCAGUAAACUUCAAGGGCAUCACCCUUCCCCUUCUAAGCAUACCUGGGCGGGAUAAGAGUUAUAGCAGUCACCUUACUGGGUGGCCUGCUCCUUAAACAAACCCCUGCUUUCACCCCACAUGCAUUUGUUGCAUGUUCAGCUCAGUUUUUAUGUGGUAAUUGGCAUUUGAUUAUUCAAAGUCUGGAUUGCAGACAAUAAGAUUUGUCCCAGGGUGUAGGCCGAAAACCUUAUCCAUGUAAUUUACUAGGGAUUAUAUGGAUUACAGGACACACCUUAGUCCCGAUGUCUAUACAUUUCUUGUAAUUUUGAGAGCAUUUGAAUGGCUGUAUCUCAGUUUCAACAUAGGCUGCCCAGAAAAGGACCAAACUUGAGGAUUUUGUUAAGUUUGAUGUGCUUUUUCUCAGUAUAUGGGUCUUUUGCUGAUAACCCCAUAAUAUACAGCCUCGUACCCAGCACCCCUUGGUUUGAAAAUAAGGCAAUGCAGGAGCAUAACCUACAGUGUAUCUUUGCAGGAAUUCCCUUUAUUGCUGCAGGAUUUUGCUUCUACCAUCGCAAGCCUGCGAAUGCCACCUUCCAUUUUGUGAGUUCAGUUGGUGCAUGCUUACUCUCAUUACUCCAUACUCCAUUGAAAGAGAAGUUAAGCAUAGUAGUGAGCAGCCUGGCAGUGAUAGGAAUAUUACUGGUAACAUUUAUUAACUCAAACUUUUCUGCUUCUGCCGGUGCCUUGGCUUAUGGACUUGCAAGUGCAGUUAAGUCAACUAAUUUUCUUGGUUUACCAGGUGUUGACUGGUUUCAUUAUGUUUUAGCUGUGGCAAAUCUUCUUCUUAUGUUCGGUUUGAUCAAGUAGAAUUGCCAAACAAAUAUGUCAGACAAUAGGAAUGAAUCUUGGACGUGCACAUACAUGAAUUGCUGCAGUGAAAUCAUCUUCUUGAAGGAGAUUUUGUAAACCCAACAUUCCCCCAAUUCCCAUUGCUUUCAAGUACACUACCAUCAAAGGUUGAGGGAUGCAUUCAAAGAUGCCCUGAGUGACUCUCUGUUCGUUUCAUAGGCAAAGAGAGGGCAAUAUGCAGUGCCAG